AAUAACAAAAAUAUCAAAACAGAAUUGGGAGGAAGACUAUCUCCAAAACCAGCAAUAUGUUUAACACCUUUAAUUACCUGAAGAACUGUGUUUGUUUCCUUGUAAAUGAAGCGCACAAUACGCAUGACUGAUUAUGAUUAUAUCUUAUUUCUAACACAUACAAUUUCACCUAUCGCUCAUUACCCAACAAACAAAACCCUUCUUUCUCUAGGACAAGAUUCCAUGGCUGCUACUGCACCUGUAAUUCCCUCAACUGAGAAAGAUACACGGAGAGCACAUGGCGCAAUGGCUUUGGUUCAGUUGUUCUACGGUGGUUAUCAUGUAAUUACCAAAGUAGCCCUCAAUGUAGGAGUCAACCAGCUCGUCUUUUGUGUUUUUCGCGAUCUUCUUGCUCUCUCUAUUCUUGCUCCAAUAGCCUAUGUUCGUGAAAAAAGGAUCCGUCCACCUAUGACUAGACGCUUCCUCUUGUCAUUCUUCUUUCUUGGGCUGACAGGGAUAUUUGGGAACCAGCUUUUGUUUCUUAUUGGUCUUAGCUACACCAAUCCUACUUAUGCUGCUGCCACACAACCUGCAAUUCCUGUGUUCACAUUUCUCUUUGCUGUAAUGAUGGGUGCAGAAAAAGUAAAUUUGCUGAAAACCGAAGGUCAAGCAAAGGUUGGUGGUACCCUCGUCUGUGUUUCUGGUGCCAUAUUAAUGGUUCUAUUCUGUGGUCCAGCCUUGUUUGGAAAAAAUAACCAAGAAUUUAAAGUGCAAAGUGAAAUAAUUGCUAGGGGCCAACCAGAGCCUGUCGGAUGGUUCAUGUCCAGUUUUCUGCAGAUUGGAUUUGAUCUGUGGCACCUUGGAGUUUUAUGCUUAAUAGGGAACUGUCUGUGCAUGGCUGCUUUUCUAGCCAUUCAGGCACCCCUUUUAAAGAAAUAUCCAGCCAGCCUGUCUGUUACAGCAUAUUCUUACGUUUUUGGUGCUGCUUUGAUGGUAAUAACAGCAUUCUUUAUGACCAAUGAGUCAACAGACUGGAGUUUGACGCAAUCAGAGCUGUAUGCAGUCAUCUAUGCAGGAGUUGUUGCAUCUGCUAUCAAUUAUGGACUACUGACAUGGUCAAAUAAGAUCUUGGGGCCGGCGUUGGUUGCUCUGUACAAUCCACUUCAACCUGCAGCAUCUGCCUUUCUGUCAAAAAUUUUCCUUGGAAGCCCUAUAUAUUUGGGAAGUGUUUUAGGGGGAUGUCUAAUUGUUGCGGGUCUGUAUUUGGUUACCUGGGCAUACUAUAGAGAAAAAGAAGCAGCUCAGGGGCUCAUUGCCUAUGUUACUCGGCCUUCUGAACCCCUCACUCUCAAAGACUCAUCGAGUUACAAGAUUCCUUACCAGAGAGGACAUGCUUUAACUCCAAAAUUAAGAGACUAGACAAAACCAUGAUGAGUUUUCAUGUAAAGUUAAUUUUAUGCAUAAACGGAAGUUAGUAUUAUCCAAACAAUGAAGCAGUUCAUGGAAGGACAGUUUUCCCAGCCUCCCUCCCUUUGGGUUUAGUUACAACAACUUACGGCUCGCCUACUGUUUAAUCAAUUUUCUAUUAACAUCUUUAAUUAAUAUGAGAUUCUUAUAUA